CCACACAUUCUGGUCACUUCCCACCGCCCCUCACAUCUCCCCUCUGUUACCUAUUCUCCCAUGGUCGCCCCUGCUCUUCAUCCCGUUCAUGGUCGAAUCCGGUCGCGGGAGCAUCUGUCGGAGGCAGACGCGGGGGCGCGGGACUUGCAAGCCCAUGCUCUUCCCUGCUCCUUCCUCAAAUCCGGUCGCCGAAGUGACCGAGGAGGCGCUCGAGCUCGGUAUGCUCGUUCGGGGACGCCGCCCCCUCCCUCUCCUCCUGAUGCCGCUACCGUCACCGUCGCCGCAAUGAGUCUCUCCACCAUCUCCCGCGUGCUCGCUUGCUUGUCCCGUCCUCUAGGAUUAUCUGCUCAGGGUCCGUGUCUCAUGCGUUGCUACCUGACGUCUACUCUUGGGAGCCGGGCUUCGUCGGCCAACGGGGCCGGCAAGGUCCGAAACUGGAGAUUCCUGCUCGCCAACUCGCAGUCCCGGCGGCUGUUCUCUUACCAGUCGAAAAAGUAUUUCCUGAAGGAGAAGAAGGAGGUCCUGAAAGGGGAUGGGAGCAACAAGUCUGAAUCAAAGGGAGACGAUGAUAUCCAAAAUGCAUGAUAUGCUUUUGCCAGUGUUCUCUCUGUUCAUGUUUCGUUUGGAUGCUCCACGUAUCCACAUAGGCGUCAUCAAGUCAUGGGCUGUGGCUUCAAUCCCCGGAUUUUUUGUUUGCAUGUGCUGUGCUGCUAUGAAGCAUUGUUUAGCAAACAAUGUUUUGGGAAUUUCUUCCCGUAUCCAGCACGUGUUCCCACCCGAAGAUGCUUCCUCCAUGCUUUUCAUUGCUGACACUGCAAUAUCUGAUGCGCCCUGCUUGCUUGGCUGUUUUACUUGCUCGGUUGCUCUAUAUGGGAUCCAUGCCACUCUUUUGCUGUUGCCGGUAUAUGUGUUGCACUUGCCCUCUGUAUCGCUGUGCCAAGAGCUAGCAAGAACCAUUUCUUUAAUUACGCAUUUUUGCGAUACUGUAAUUAUCAUCAUACUGAACUGGUUUCAAUCCACACAGGGUGGGGGGCAGCCUGCUCUACAAUACGUUGCUUGUGGCGUGAUUAGUUUUGUUGCUGUUCACUGUUUGUGGAAUGUAGAAGUAAAACAGGGUGACAACAAUCAGCCGAUGAGUGAAGUGUGGGAUUGGAACAUGUAUGGAACCAAACUGAAGUUUCAUGGAUGGUUUAUUAACACUGCCAAUGAGGAUGGUGACGGAGGUGAGGAUGGUGACGGAGGUGAGGAUGAUGCUUCAUUUGCCUCGGAGCAUUCCGAUGAUGAAGAUUUGACGGAGGUGUCAAUUUUACGUGCGGUGCAAGUGUUGGCCAUUCGUGCAAACUUUCGUAUUAGCCGUAUGGACGCCCAUGACUGGUACCAAAGUUUUGUCAUCUAUGUGGCGCUCGAGGGGGAAGUACAAGAGGAAGGAAAGGAUUUGGUACUCGCUGGACCAUGUGGGAUACUACAGGCUUACGGUGCCUUUUGCUUGGAGGUUUUCACAGAAGACCUGGUUUUCACAGAAGACGAUGAGGGGUCUUCUACUGAUGAUGAGGGGUCUUGGAGCGGUCAUUUCCGCCGAGGCUGGGAUGUUACUGAGCCUGAUGAAGUUGAGGAAUUCACACAAACCAUCUAUGGAGGCCUUGGCCGCAAGUUGGAGAUCACAUACUUGGUGAUUCCGGAAGCAGUUGAGACCUAUGUUGAGGUCAGGUUGAACCUCAAAGACUUCGGUUCGAGAAGCCGCUCUGUGUAUGGUAGCGUCAAGGCAAUUGCCAUUGACUAUGGGAGCAAAAGCGUCAAUCUCUUCAGUUUUGAACGAGGCAGUAGCUUGUCCCUGCCCUGUGGUUCCACGUGCAUUCUUCCACUGGGACCACACAUGAUUGCAUUGCCUGAUCGUAGCAAGUACAAACUCCACAUAGAGGUGGACCUAAGAGUAAUCACAACCUGUGACAGCCAAGAAGAGGACAAGAAUUUGAAAUUCUGUCUAGACUGCAGCCGUAGAAUUAGGAGUGAAGAAAGUCUAGAGUUACCCCGUAGAAUUAGGACUCAAAAAAGAGAAUUUGAUGGUGAACAAGUUGAAGUGAAGGUCAUCUGGGUCCUAGAAAAAUUCUUCUAGAUCAUAGAAAAAUUCGUCUAAGAAAGGAGCUAGAAGCAAAAUAAGUGAAGGAAGGCAUGUGCCACAUGUGGAACUUUGUCUAUGUUUGUCAGAUCAUAUUAUCUAUUUCCUUGUGUUUGAUCUAUUCAUGCCAUUUUAUUUGAACUGAACUUGGGUGAGUGGGAAACCAAGAAUCCAUUCCUUUAUACAAGGCCAUUAUGAAAAAUACAUUUUGCA